AUGCGUGUGUCGAGCAUUCGCCUCUUGGACGACCAUGCGAAGCGCAGGGGCACAUGCGACAGCGCCUUGCAGCUUGUGGACUGGCUGAUUUACAUGUGCACCGGCGCUGACCGCGGCUUCUCUUCACUGCCGUCGACGUUUGAGCGGCUCGCCGCGGAAGUCGGCCUAGCUGUGGAGUGCCACAUUGUGCAGACCGGGGACGGGUACGAGCUGCUCUUGCACCGCCUUGUCGGUCGCCGCGCCAAACGACGGCCCGUCUUCCUGAUGCACGGCCUAUUUGAGGAGUCGACGGUGUGGCUAGCGCACCGGCGCAGCUCGCUGGCCUACCGGCUGGUGGAGGGAGGGUACGACGUGUGGCUCGGGAACACACGGGGCAACGCAUAUUCGAGCGGGCAGUGGGGCCUGUGGGGCUCGCGCAUGCACAGCUGGGGAAACGACGAGUUGGCGAGCGAAGACAUCGCCGCGUCUGUGCAGGCGGUCCUCGAGGUGGCGCACGCCGAGGGGCUGCAGGCGGACAAGGUCAUCUUCAUCGGCCAGUCGCAGGGCGCUUCGAGCGCCAUCACCGCCUGCUCGCUGCGCGAAGGCUUGGGCGGGCGGUUGGCAUGCCUCGUGCUGCUCGCCCCGCCCCUCUGCCUGCAAGCCUCGGUGAACCCCACGCUGCGCCUCGCCCUCAAGACGCCCUCCCUCGUGUACCGCGCCGUCUUCGCCUUUGUCCUUCCGAUCGGAAGGCUCGUGCCGAAUGCCAUCUACCUCCCCAUCGCCAAGGCUGGCAUGCGCCGAAUGGGCUUUGUCGUACGCCCCCACGACCCAGACGCGGCGGCCAUCACCUUCCGCUGCGUGCCCUCCGG